AUGAUAGUACGAGAAGAUGACAACGGUAUUGUGGUGCUAAAAUGGAAAGAUGUUCGCGAUGUUAGAAUAUUAUCGACAAAACAUGCACCCAUUAUGACUUCAAGCUCGAAUUCUACACAUCGCGGUCGUCCUCUAAAACCGGAACCUUUGGUGAUAAUAGCGUAUAAUAAUGGAAAAACUGGUAUCGACAGGAGUGAUCAGAUGGUGUCAUAUGCCACAACGAUACGGAAAAGCAUCAAGUGGUAUCGGAAAUUAGCCCUGCAUUUACUCUUGAGAACAACUAUAGUAAAUGCUCAUAUCGUGUACCAGAGAGCCACAAAUAAAAAAAUAAAAAUAAGAAAAUUUCGAGAACUUCUCGUUACCGAAUGGUUGUCUUCGGAAAAUACUAUGCCUGACAAUAAUAAAAACAAAACAAAGAAAAUGUCGCAUUAUUUGGAGAUUCGUAAGAAUCAGCAGGACAAGCCUAUAAGAAGGACGUGCGCCCUAUGUUACCAGAGGAAUAGGCAAACUGUCGAACGCAAAGAAGCGAGGAAAAAUGUCAAAAAAAUUACGACCUAUGGUUCCAAUUGUCCAAACACACCUCAAGUGUGUUUAAAAUGUUUCAAAGAAUACCACGUGACAUAG